UCCAAAGCAAAGCAGAACCUGCAGAAGCAAAGCACACACCUCUUUCAAGCUUCAAUGGCGGAUAUCACGUGCUCUGCAGCGUUGAUCCGAGAGCUCUCCUUGUAGAGCAAAUCCGGACACCGAUCUGAAAGCGAAGCAGCAGAGUGCGGGCACUACGAUGGCGGACGCGACGGACGGGAAGGCGGCGGCGGAGGAUGGGGGCGAGAAGAAGAGGCAGGAGCAGAGCGCAGCGUUCUACGAACUAUUCUCUUUUUCCGAUCGUUGGGACUACCUUCUGAUGGCGGCAGGGAGCGUGGGGGCGGUCGUUCAUGGCUCCGCCAUGCCCGUCUUCUUCCUCCUCUUCGGAGACCUCGUCAAUGGUUUUGGAAAGAACCAACAUCACCUCUCCGUCAUGACCCAUGAGGUUUCCAAGUUUGCCCUCUAUUUCGUCUACCUUGGACUGGUGGUUUGCUUGUCCUCUUAUGCAGAAAUUGCAUGCUGGAUGUACACUGGGGAGCGGCAGGCCAGCGCGCUCCGCCGUAAGUACCUGGAGGCGGUUCUCCGGCAGGACGUCGGAUUCUUUGACACCGACGCGAGGACCGGUGACAUAGUUUUUAGCGUCUCCACCGAUACCCUUCUCGUCCAAGACGCCAUCAGCGAGAAGGUUGGAAACUUUAUCCACUAUCUUUCCACCUUCUUGGCUGGACUGGUGGUAGGUUUCGUAUCGGCUUGGAGAUUAGCCCUCCUCAGUGUCGCAGUCAUCCCCGGGAUCGCCUUUGCAGGAGGACUAUACGCCUACACUCUCACUGGACUUACAUCAAAAAGCCGUGAGUCGUAUUCCAACGCUGGUGUUGUCGCCGAACAGGCAAUUGCACAAGUUCGAACCGUAUACUCCUUUGUUGGGGAAAGCAAAGCACUAAACUCCUAUUCUGAAGCAAUUCAGAACACGUUGAAACUUGGGUACAAGGCAGGGAUGGCAAAAGGUCUUGGCAUUGGCUGCACAUAUGGAAUUGCUUGCAUGUCAUGGGCUCUGGUAUUUUGGUAUGCUGGUGUUUUUAUUAGGAAUGGACAAACUGAUGGUGGGAAGGCUUUCACAGCAAUAUUUUCUGCUAUUGUCGGCGGCAUGAGCCUAGGUCAAUCAUUCUCAAACCUUGGGGCCUUUAGCAAAGGAAUGACUGCUGGAUACAAGUUAUUGGAGAUUAUCCGACAAAAACCCUCUAUAGUUCAAGACCAUUCUGAUGGGAAGUGUUUGGAAGAGGUCCAUGGAAAUAUAGAAUUCAAAGAUGUGACCUUUAGCUAUCCAUCAAGGCCAGAUGUCAUUAUAUUUCGAGAUUUCUCUCUUUUCUUUCCAGCAGGGAAGACAGUUGCAGUUGUGGGAGGAAGUGGAUCAGGAAAGAGCACUGUUGUGGCUCUAAUAGAAAGAUUUUAUGAUCCUAACGAAGGGCUGGUGCUGCUUGAUAAUGUGGAUUUAAAGACACUGCAGCUAAAAUGGCUGAGAGGACAAAUUGGUUUGGUUAAUCAAGAACCUGCACUUUUUGCUACUACAAUACUUGAGAACAUACUGUAUGGAAAACCUGAUGCAACAAUUGCUGAAGUAGAAGCUGCUGCCUCUGCGGCUAACGCUCAUAGCUUCAUAUCUCAACUUCCAAAUGCUUACAAUACCCAGGUAGGAGAACGGGGAGUCCAGUUGUCAGGUGGACAAAAACAACGUAUUGCCAUCGCCCGAGCUAUGCUAAAGAAUCCCAAAAUCCUUCUCCUUGAUGAAGCUACCAGUGCUCUAGAUGCUGGUUCUGAGAGCAUUGUUCAAGAAGCCCUAGAUCGUAUCAUGGUCGGAAGGACCACUGUGAUUGUUGCACACCGGUUGUCAACUAUAAGAAAUGUGGAUAUGAUUGCUGUGAUCCAGCAGGGUCAAGUUGUAGAAACUGGAAGCCAUGAAGAACUACUGUCAAAAGGGACUUCUGGAGCUUAUGCCUCUUUGAUUCGGUUCCAGGAGAUGGCAAGAAACAGAGAUUUUGGUGGUCUGUCCACUCGAAGGUCUCGAUCUUCACGCUUGAGCCAUUCACUUUCCACAAAAUCAUUAAGUUUACGAUCUGGCAGCUUAAGAAACUUGAGCUACCAGUAUAGCACUGGAGCAGAUGGCCGCAUUGAGAUGGUGUCAAAUGCUGAUAAUAUUCGUAAAUAUCCUGCACCUCGAGGCUACUUCUUCAAGCUCUUGAAGCUAAAUGCACCAGAAUGGCCUUAUACAAUUAUGGGUGCCAUAGGAUCAGUUUUAUCUGGGUUCAUAGGUCCAACAUUUGCAAUUGUUAUGAGCAACAUGAUUGAAGUGUUCUACGACAGGGACCCCAAUGCAAUGGAGAGAAAGACCAGGGAAUAUGUCUUCAUAUACAUUGGCACUGGGCUUUAUGCAGUUGUUGCUUACUUGGUUCAACAUUACUUCUUUAGCAUUAUGGGAGAAAAUCUUACAACCAGGGUGAGGAGAAUGAUGCUUGCUGCUGUCUUGAGGAAUGAAGUAGGCUGGUUCGAUGAGGAAGAGAAUAAUUCAAGCCUAGUAGCUGCCCGUUUAGCCAAUGAUGCGGCUGAUGUGAAGUCUGCAAUAGCCGAGAGGAUCUCUGUAAUCCUGCAGAACACAACUUCACUUUUAACUUCAUUUAUAGUCGGCUUCAUAGUUGAGUGGCGUGUUGCGCUGCUCAUUCUUGCCACCUUCCCUCUUCUAGUCCUUGCCAACUUUGCUCAACAACUCUCACUCAAGGGCUUCGCCGGUGACACUGCGAAGGCCCACGCAAAGACCAGCAUGAUUGCUGGAGAGGGCGUUAGCAACAUCCGCACCGUGGCAGCAUUCAACGCACAGGACAGGAUACUAUUCCUCUUCACCAGCGAACUCCGCGUUCCCCAGCGGCGCAGCUUCCGUCGGAGCCAGACCUCAGGCUUCCUCUACGGACUCUCCCAGCUCUGCCUUUACUCCUCUGAAGCCCUCAUCCUCUGGUAUGGCGUUCAUCUUGUCCGUGACGGUGCUUCCACCUUCUCCAAAGUCAUCAAAGUCUUCGUCGUCCUUGUCGUCACUGCCAACUCUGUUGCGGAGACUGUCAGCCUCGCCCCUGAGAUCAUCCGCGGCGGCGAAUCCAUCCGCUCAGUUUUUGCCAUCCUCAACCGUGGCACUUGCAUUGAGCCCGACGACCCUGACGCUGAGCCAGUGGACACCAUCCGCGGCGAGAUCGAGCUCAGCCACGUCGACUUCGCAUACCCCUCUCGGCCAGAUGUCACCAUCUUUAAAGACUUCAACUUGCGCAUCCGUGCCGGCCAAAGCCAAGCUCUUGUCGGUGUGAGCGGUUGUGGCAAGAGCACGGUCAUUGCAUUGAUCGAAAGAUUCUAUGAUCCCACAGCAGGGAAGGUGCUGAUCGACGGCAAGGACAUUAAACGGCUCAACUUGAAGCAACUUCGGCUCAAGAUCGGGUUGGUGCAACAGGAGCCAGUGCUCUUCGCCGCCAGCAUAAUGGAAAACAUCGUCUAUGGCAGGGAUGGUGCCACAGAGGAGGAAGUAGUUGCGGCAGCGCGUGCUGCUAACGUGCAUGGCUUUGUGAGUGCACUGCCAGAGGGGUACCGGACAGCUGUGGGAGAGCGGGGUGUGCAGCUUUCCGGCGGGCAGAAGCAGCGGAUUGCCAUUGCACGGGCAGUUCUCAAGGACCCCGCUGUUCUACUGCUAGAUGAGGCGACCAGCGCACUGGACGCUGAGUCAGAGUGCGUGUUGCAGGAGGCGCUGGAGCGGCUGAUGAAGGGGCGCACCACGGUGCUGGUAGCGCACCGCCUCUCCACCAUCCGUGGUGUGGAUUCAAUUGGGGUGGUGCAGGAUGGUUGCAUCGUGGAGCAGGGCGGCCAUGCAGAGCUCCUUGGCCGGCCUGAUGGAGCCUACUCGCGAUUGCUGCAGUUGCAACAUUAUCACGUCUGAGGACACACCGGCGGCCACACCUGUGGUUCUGAAUGGUGGUAACUGGAGGUUGCAAUUGAAUUGGGUAAAUGCGGCGGUUACCAUCUUUAAUAUAUUCUGUCAGACUCGUACUUAAUCGGUCUUUUCAUGGUGAAUUGCAGUGUAGAGGUUUAAAGUGCAGUGAAAUUCCUCUGCAAAUCAAGAAAUUUCUACACGCUUCUUGGA